ACCUAGGAGAAGGAGGAGCCUGGUCUGAAAGCAGCUGUGUCCUCAGAGCUCAGGCCCUGGCGGAACCCAGGCCUCCCCCAAGGCUGAGGGCUGGGCAGUGUGCGUGUCACUGUGCCCGCACGGGGCCUAAGGGUGUGGUUGCACACUCAGAAACACCCAGGUUCCCUUGGGGAGCUCUGUGUGAGGGACCUCAGCAACGAACCCAAGAAAUGAUGUCACUUCCUGGCAACAGAACUCAACAGAACCCAGAACCCAGGGACCCAGGCACCACUGCGAGAGGAGACCCCAGCCAGAUCACUUGCUGCCAAGAUGUUCUGCUGUUUGCCCCUGCCCAGAGGCCGGGGCCUCGGGAGGGCUCACAGGCAGAGUGUGUGGGAUCGCUGGCGACGCUGGCUCAGGGCCCCCCGAGGAGGCCUCUGGCCCUUUGCCCGAAGGAACAGGAAGAGCUUCCCACCGGAUGUGGCCGACGAGGGGGACACGCCGUCCACCUCCUCGAGGGAGGGGUCGGAGCCCCAUCCCCCUGCCCGUGAGGCCCAGUGCAGGGUCCAGGUGAGCGUGCCCAUGGAGGGGUCAGCCCAAGGGGGAGUGAAGAGCAAGAGGGGAAGGCCUCCCCAGAAACCACCCAGGACACACCGCGGGGCCCAGUCUCAGGCUGCUUCGCGGCUCAGCACACCUGGCUCCGACCCAGAGCCCCGAGCACCCCUCCCUCUGAGGCAGCACGAGGACCUGGAGCCCAGCGCGGCAGAGCACAGAGCUCUAGCUCUGACCUUCCAACUCAACCAGGCUCCAUUUCCAACACCUGUCCCUACAGAGGUGCUUGCUGCACGUGCAGGACCCAGGGAUCCACUGAGGGGACAUCGAGACCUGAUCCAUCCUGCCUCAAAGACACUGGACCAGCUGGUUCCUGGCCACCACACUGGGCAGAUCGGACCUCUGUGCCGGCAGGACACCCAGCCCCAGGCACCGAUGUCCCUCCCCCUCGGCCCAAACGUCCACCUCCACCUGCACCUGCACCCGCUCGGGCUUUGGCAGGAGAACCCGAGUCAGGGCAUGAGUUACCACCUCUGCAGGGACAGCCUGCCCUGGCUCCUGCUCAACACCCAGACGCCCACAAUGACUGACCAACCGCUGCAGGGACAACGGGCCCCUCUUUUGGACAGAGACCCAGAGCCCGUUCUGGAAACACCAGGUCCAGGGGAGCCGUCUCAGGAGGAGCUGCGGGUCCACACCGGGAACGGGCGCUCUCAACCCCUGGGCUCAGCAGCGCCCUCAUCCUCAGGCUGGCGGCUCUGCCCUGACGGGAGCUGGAAGGCCACCAACCGCCCCAGGCCGACCUCACUCCCCUUCCACUGCUGGAGCCUGACGACAGCCAGCCGCACCCCUUCCGGCAGAACCAGAGCCCCUCUGCCCCUUGAUUCCAGGAGCUUCCCACCGGAUGUGGCCGACGAGGGGGACACGCCGUCCACCUCCUCGAGGGAGGGGUCGGAGCCCCAUCCCCCUGCCCGUGAGGCCCAGUGCAGGGUCCAGCUCUAG